AUGUUCAAUAAAAAGUAACUUUAAAGAAUCGUUAUAUGUGGAGAUUUUAUUCAUAAUAACGUACGGUUCGACUAAUUGGCUAACAUUAUAGAAUAAUCAGACCUAAAAUUCACUAGAACAAUCCAAGGAAAGGUAGUGUAAUCUCUCUUAGAUUCCAUUUGCUACCCAGGACAAGAAUACAGUGAGAAAAAUCUCCUGUUCACUAAACUCUCAGAUCAUCCAAGAAUAUAUUGCCAACUAACUCUAUAAGGAGUUUAAAAUUAAAAAGAACAAAGGGUUGGUUGGAGUAAGUCGAAUGCUUAUAAUCUCAAUUAAGAAGCAGCAUUAAAAUGCAAUGAUUUUUAAACAUGGUACAACUAUGUAAGAUAUAAUCUAAGAAAACGAUAAGCAAUUAAAAAGAUUCGUGUAACUAUACCAUAUCAGGCUAAAGGAAAAUAAACGAUUGAAGAAUAACUUAUGAAAUCGGCUAUAUUAUUUAAUCAGCCAAACCUCAAGAAGGCUUUCCAAAAUAUAAAAAGAAUGGCAACUCUUAAUCCUUCAAAAAAGAAGCUGGGAUCUUUAGAGGCUUCAAGGAUGAUCAAGAUAAUUUCCAUAUUCAUUCAGAUACUGAAUAAAAUUUAUUACAAGAUUUAGACAGAAUUUUUGCAGAGAAGUGUAUAUCAGACUCUUACUCCUACAAAUUUGCCCCCUGUAUAGUAGAGAUUCAAAAGCUUUAAAAACUCAUAUCACAGGAAGUACUUUUUAGGUUAGAUAAAUUUAGUUUAGUUUAGGUUGUUUAAUUGUGGCGAAUAUGAAAUUUUGGAGAAAAAAAAGAUGAAAUAUUAUGAUGAUUGAUGAAACCAUGUACAUAAUAAGAGCUUAAAAAAAGAGGAGGAAGUGAUUAAUAAAUAGGUACUACUAAGUUUUUGAUGCUUUAGAGAAUAAUCAAAUGGUAUGAAAAUCGGAAGGUGGGACUUUCUAUUUCAAGAAAAAUGUUAUGUAUUAAUUUAUCCUUUUGAUAGUUGUGAGAGGACAAUACGAAAGUAGGAUUAAAAUUGGAAAAUGGACAAUUCUUGAUUCACAAUGGAAUAGGCAGGUUUCCGAGGGAAUUAACAAUAAGUAAACUUCUAAAAUUUCAGAGAAAAAGGAAAGGAUUAUAAUUUAAAUAAGUAAUAGAUAGUAUUUUGCUAAAAUACAACUUCCAACAUAGCUUUUAUGA